AUUACUGUUUGUAGAUUGCUAAUUCAAUUUAUAACAACUGAUAGUAGAUAGUAGUCAUUUUUAAACAUCGAAACUUAUAAAUCUAGUAGGAGUUUAGAAUUAUAAUCCGCUAAUCGUGCAAAAUGGCUACUGAAAAACCAGCCACCAAUGAACUUAACUUUGAAGAUUUCAAAAAACUGGAUAUAUCUAAAGAGCAGCUGAAAAUGUUAAAAUCAAUUUUUGAUUCAUUCGAUGUCGAGAAAAAGCAAGAAAUUUCGGUUGAUAUGAUUGGACAAAUUCUGGAUAUGCUAGGGCAUAGGCAAACACCACAGGAAUUAGAGGCUAUCAUAAAAGAAAUUGAUGAAGAUGGAAAUGGCGUCAUGAAUUUCGAAGAGUUUGCCAAUUUAUCAGCUAGAUUUCUAGUUGAAGAAGAAGAAGAUACGGAAGCUAUUUUAAGAGAACUCAAAGACGCAUUUAGACUGUACGACAAAGAAGGUCUUGGUUACAUUUCAGUGGAUCUCCUGAAAGACAUAUUGAAGGAGCUUGAGCCCAAUUUAACUCCUGUAGAUUUAAAUGAAAUGAUAAAAGAAAUUGAUACCGAUAACUCUGGAACAGUAGACUGGGAAGGUAAUAAUCAAUUUCAUUCAUACAAUUACGUUCAGUAAUUAUAAUAAUAACUGAUUGGUACCCUGGGAAAAUUUUUCUAUGAGAAAGAAUGUUGUACUAAUACAAAUGUUGUAGUGAAGUGCGAACCUUUCUGAAUUGAAAUGUCAAUAGUAAAACUAUAGAAGUCGAACUUUUAGUAGAGUUAGACGUAAAAAUACAUCAGAGAGUCCUGUACAUAACCCAUCAUCUGUACCUAGUAAUCAGUAAACAAAAGAGAUUUUCCGAAAUUUCGCAAUUAUCUCAAUUGAAGAAGCAAUACAACCAAGGUAUUGAAUAUUUUGGACACCGAGUUGAAGUAAUAAACCUAAAACAAUUGUCGAUAUGGUAUGAUGGAAGCCUUAAGAAUCUUAUUGCAUCACUCAAAAGUCGUGUAACCACAGAUAGUGCUGCCAUUGUCAAAUCCAUGUGACUUUCAUGAAGUACCAGCUUUCAAAGGACUGGGUAUGAAAUUUCAUGACAUUUCAAUUAGUCGGGAAAACGUGACAGUCAUUUAAGUAAGGCUACUUUAGUUAUUUUUAAAACAAUUUCGAGUGUUAAUUUAUUAUUGCCUCUUGAUAAGAAAAAAUACUGUACAAGCUCAGAAAUGGCUUCAAAAGUGUUAUCUCCAUCGAAAAGAAACAUUUGUUAUUGGUUUGCUGAAUUUAAACGUGGUCGUAUAGACAGUAAUGAUGGUGAAGGUUCUGGUCGUCCAAUUGAGGUGGUUACUCCAGAAAAUAUCAAAAAACUCCACAAAUUGGUUAUGCCUGACCAUAAAUUGACAUUGCGUGAGAUAGCUAAGGUUGUGUAGAUAUCAGAAGACAGUGUGUUAACAAUUAUCUAUGAAAAUUUCACCAUGAGAAAGCUUUUUUCAAAGUGGGUGCCGCGUUCACUCACAGUCGAUCAUAAACAACAAUGUGAGUUAUGUGAAGAAAAAUCCAGAAUAUUCUAAAAAGUUAAACGCAUAAAGAUUAAGUUAAGUAAACAACUGUCAGUAUUUCAUUAGUAUAAAUAUGUAUAAUGGAUCUAGUUAAUUCAAUUAAUCAAAAAUUGUUAAUUCAAUCGUGAAAUUAUUUAGGAUCAUUCGCUUGUAAAAUUGUCAAAUUGUAAAUUGUGUUUUUGUAAUAAUGAAGUUUAAAAAAAAAUUUCAAAAGAAAAA